AUGGGAAGAGAAGACCAAGUUGAGGAGAGGGAGGUCCUCGAUAGUAUUUUCCCCGAGGAAAUUUAUGAUAUAUCCGAGACCGAAUAUCGAGUUUCCGUUCUACUCGAUGUUAUAAACGCAGAUGGCGAUGAAUCGGAGCCUCCUACUAUGCUUCUUCAAGUCAAAUACCCAGAAGAAUACCCUGAAGUGCCACCCAUUCUAGAUAUACUUCCAACACCGAAUGCGCCCAAUCAUCCAUAUUUCAGUGUCGCAACUGAUAAAGAAGUGCUUCUUGAUGGAUUAACCGAGACAAUCGAGGAGAAUAUGGGGAUGGCCAUGGUGUUUACAUUGAUAUCUACUUUAAAAGAAAAUGCGGAACAACUUAUUGUGCAAAGACAAGAAGCGAAGGAAAAGGAACAAGAGCAGAAGAUGUUAGCAGUAGAGGCCGAGGAAAAUAAAAAGUUCCAUGGAGAGCCGGUUACUAGAGAGUCUUUUAUGAAGUGGAGGGAGGGUUUCCAGCAGGAGAUGGAGGAGAUCAAGGUGAAAGAGGAAGCGGAUGAAGAAGCGGCGGAGAAAAAGAAGAAUAGAGGAAAGGAAACUAUUGUUGCGAUUACUGGUAGACAACUUUGGGAGAGAGGUAUGGUUGGGAAGGUUGAGGAGGACGAGGACUAUGAUGAUGUGCCUGUUGAGGGUGUGGAUAAGCUCAAGGUUGAGGCAUGA